AGCUUCCUUCAUCAAGUAAUUUUAUCGAAGAAAAAGGCUUCCGUAAUGGCUUCUUUCGAAUCUGCUGUCGUCUUACUGCUCAUUUCUUCCAUUUCGCUGGCAAAUGAAUACAAAAUAAAAGUCAACUCUGAGAUGCCUGGACCGUUUACUCGCGAACUAUCAUUGCAGAACCCUCUACAGACAGGAAAAGAUGUCAUCAUUCUCCAGAACCUUCUCAAACGACAUCAAACCACGAAGGACAUUAACAUAUCUUCACAUUACGACAUCGCAACAGCAGAAGCCGUGCAGCGUUUUCAAGAAGCAGUGGGUCUACCUGGAAGCGGGGUGGUUUGCCCAAAAACAGCGCAUAAAGUGCUUGAUAAGUUGCUAUCUGACGGUUUUAAAGACGAUGGCCUAGUUCCUGCUCCUUACAAAUUCAAACUUGUCGUCCCAGUGUACCGAGACAGGACUAAGGAAACGACUGCGGUACUUCUUGAUGCAAAAUCACAACCGGUCUACAAAUUUAGGAUCCGGGCACAUGGUGGAAUGCAGGAUGAUGGAACGGCGAUCAAUCAACUGACGAGGAAUGGCAAUACUCCUACUGGUCUAUCGACCUUUGAUUUGAACUCCAAGGAGCCUAUCCCAAAGUCUUAUGGACCGUAUCCGGUUGUAAGAAUCGUAAAGGGAAUAAAAGGUAAUUCUGCCAUUGGAUACGGGAAUGAUACAUUGCUGAGCAAUUAUCGUAGUGGCAUAUUGUUGCAUACCGGGGAAUGGGAUGGAUGGGACCCGAGCAAGCCGAUGCCGAAUAGUUUGGGUUGCAUGCACUGCGCACCAGAAGACAUGAAGAAUGUGGUGGAUAUCUUGGUGAAAGAACUGGGCGUCAAAGUGCGUCCAAAUCCGUUCGGAAAGUUGCCAUACCCUUACGUACCUCAGGGUCUCAUAGCAAUUGAGGAAAUUAACUAGACUAUAAAUAAAAUACCUGCUGACAUGAUUUGUAUAUGAUUUUUUGGUAAAACAAGAAUGGCAAGAGAAAAGAGUUUUGUGGAGCAACAUACGAGGGGAAUAAAUAUAUUCGGUCAUUCUUAUAAUCCCUUUAGCAAAAAGGAUGUAAAGAAAUUAUAGUAGAAUGAUAAUUAAAAAGGGACAGUUUUAGGAAAAUUGGGCCGCGGAAAGCUUAUUUUGGAAACAACUGACAAAAAACUUCCUUAACUUCUUUGACCCUCCUUAUUCGUGGAGACAGUCCUACAAAGCAUGCUUUAUUUGGGGGGUCUGCAUACCAGAUAUUCUAAUGUUUACUCAAAUUACAAUGAAUUGUGUUUGAUUUAACGGAAAAAGUAGAAUUCUUGGGGAACAUCCGACGUUACCCGUUUUUUUCAACGAAGUUUGCAUCCGUAAUAACUAUUUCCUGCGCUUCUUUUAGAGAAGUCUUGGUAGUAUCGUCUUAUCAAGACCUAUUUGUAUUAGCCUUAUUCAUCUUAUAACAUUUGCGCACAUUUGUGAUUGAGUAAAAGCUGGGAAUUAUUUCAAA